UCUCUCUCUCAUUUUAUUUUCUUAUUUCGCAAGUCUAUUUUAUUUCUUUUUAUUUCUCAGUUUAUCUUUCUCACAAAUUCUCAAAUUCAAUUUCAUUUCAUCCCAAAAUUUCACACGCUUCCAAUUUCAUUCCCAAAUCGUUUUCUAGGGUUAGGGUUUCGAUCCACAACCGUAACUACUAACUACCUUCAAUUUCCCUCCCACCGACGCCGCCAUGGGAGGUGACGCAACCGCUGAAACCACCACGGAGCCACAAUCAACCGACGGAGGAGUUAAGAUCAACAUUCGUUGUUCCAAUGGUUCCAAAUUUUCCGUUCAGAUUAGCCUCGAUUCCACCGUUGUUUCCUUCAAGGAUGUUAUUGCUCAGAACUGCGAUAUUUCUGCUGAUCAACAACGGUUGAUUUAUAAGGGAAGAAUUCUUAAGGAUGAUCAAACGCUUCAAAGCUACGGUUUGGAGGCAGAUCACACUGUCCAUUUGGUUCGUGGCUUUACGCCUGCCAAUACAACUGGUGGGGCUAAUACCACUGGUGCCAAUACGACUACUACUAAUGCUAGAGCUGCUGGUGCUAAUGAGGGUGGGGGAUUAGGAGGACCUGGACUUGGAGCUUCACUGUUUCCAGGACUAGGAGGUAUCAAUGGGAUGGGAGGAGGUGGUGGUCUCAAUAGUUUAUUUGGAGCAGGGCCUCCAGAUCUUGAACAAUUGCAGCAACCAUUUAUGUCAAAUCCCAAUUUAGUGAGAGAAAUAAUGAACUCACCUGCCAUGCAAAAUUUAUUAAAUAAUCCCGAGAUAGUGCGCAACCUUCUAAUGAGUAACCCACAGAUGCAAGAGCUCAUGGAUAGAAACCCUGAGCUGGCACACAUACUUAAUGAUCCUAGCACACUUCGCCAGACACUUGAGGCUACAAGAAACCCUGAGAUCAUGCGUGAAAUGAUGAGGAAUACAGACAGAGCUAUGAGCAACAUUGAAUCUUCUCCUGAGGGGUUUAAUAUGCUGAGGCGCAUGUAUGAAAAUGUUCAAGAACCAUUUUUAAAUGCCACCACAAUGGCAGGAAAUGACAGUUCCAGAAUUUUGGGGACUCAAGGUGGCCAAACGAGGAAUCCAUCGACCAAUCCCUCAACUACUAAUGCUGAAGCAACUUCCCCUGUACCCAAUACUAACCCACUUCCUAAUCCUUGGUCAUCUGCUCCAACUGGAGGUGCCCAAACUAAUGUCAGGAGAUCAACACCUACUGCUGCAGAUGCUCGGCAGCAGACACCCACUGGCUUAGGCGGGCUUGGUAUGCCAGAUCUCGAAGGCAUGUUGGGUGGUAUGCCAGAUGCUGGUUCAUUGACCCAAUUAAUGCAAAAUCCAGCUAUUUCUCAAAUGAUGCAAAGUAUCAUGUCCAAUCCUCAAACAAUGAAUCAGAUUCUUGGUAUGAAUACUGAUCAGCGUGGGAUGCCUGAUAUGAAUUCAAUGAGAGAAGUGAUGCAAAACCCGGAGUUUCUUCGAAUGUUUUCCUCACCCGAGACAAUGCAGCAACUCUUGUCUAUGCAGCAAGCUCUUAUGACUCAACUUGGACAGCAGCAAUCAACACAGGAACCAGGCCAAACAGGUGGAGGCACUGGACCAGUGAACAACUUGGGGUUGGAGAUGUUAUCGAGCAUGUUUGGUGGACUUGGAGCUGGUAGCCUAGCUGUUCCAAACAGAUCAAAUGAGCCUCCAGAGACAUUGUAUGCUACCCAGCUUACCCAGCUUCAAGAGAUGGGAUUCUUUGACACACAAGAGAACUUAAGGGCUCUUAUUGCUACAUCAGGGAAUGUUCAUGCAGCGGUUGAGCGACUUUUGGGAAACUCUGGACAGUAGCAGGUGGGAAGGGACACAAGACUAGCAAUUUAAAAUCCCAAACGCUAAAAUGUGGUGUGAGAUAUUUUAUCAGUUUACUUUUGAUUUUCGUUAUCGGAAUUAUGUUCAAACAAAUCUGUUGAUUUUUUAACAUUUAGAGUCCAACAUUCCAAUUACUAAUCAUAGAUUGAACAACAAGAAAAUACAAGCCUUUUGUAUCAAAUACGUGUAUAUUUUUUUUACUUGCACAUUUGCAAGUAUUGGCCUCAAGAUACACUAAAAGAAGGGGUUCAUGUUCGACGAUGAA